AACUUGAGUAAUGUAAAGGAGACAUGUCACUAAAAUCCAUUUAAUUAGAAUUAGAUUACUUCUUAUACAUUAUGCUUAUAUCUAUGUGAAACCUUUAUUGACUACAUGUUUUAUGGAACGGUUUUCGAUUCAAGAUUUAUUUUGAAGAGCAGUACCGGAUGGGGCGUGAGUUAUUAUAUCCGCUUGACGGUGCUUUUGGUUAAAAGGCGUAGCUAGUAAACAUCACAGAAAGCCGAAAACAUACAGCGGACAUUACAGCCCGAAAACACCGGCUUAAUAAAUCUCUUCUGCGGUUUAUAUAAAGCCAGUCGGUGUCGUCCGUUUUCCUGGUGCCGCCUGUGCUUGUCACAGUGACUGUCAACGUCCAGAAAAAAUACUGUCAGGGCGUUAGUCAGCCAGCCAGCUAGCUAGCAUAGCCACUUAGCCUUAGCAGCAGCACCGCCCGCAGCUAGCAUUAGCAUCAGACGACAAAGAUGAUAGCACUAAUCAACAAACUGCUGGACUGGUUCAAGGCGCUUUUCUGGAAGGAAGAGAUGGAGCUGACCUUGGUGGGGCUGCAGUACUCCGGAAAAACCACCUUCGUCAAUGUGAUAGCGUCUGGGCAGUUCAGUGAAGACAUGAUUCCCACAGUUGGAUUCAACAUGAGGAAGAUCACUAAAGGCAAUGUCACCAUCAAGCUGUGGGACAUCGGAGGUCAGCCUCGGUUCAGGAGCAUGUGGGAGCGUUACUGUCGAGGAGUCAGUGCUAUCGUUUACAUGGUAGACGCAGCAGACCCAGAGAAGAUAGAAGCCUCCAAGAACGAGCUCCACAACCUGCUGGACAAGCCUCAGCUGCAGGGAAUACCAGUUUUGGUUCUGGGCAAUAAGAGGGACCUACCCGGAGCGCUGGAUGAGAAGGAGCUCAUAGAGAGGAUGAACCUGUCGGCCAUCCAGGACAGAGAGAUCUGCUGCUACUCCAUCUCCUGCAAGGAGAAAGACAACAUCGACAUCACUCUCCAGUGGUUGAUCCAACACUCCAGGACUAAGAGGAGUUCCUGAGAACAGACACAACCUCAGCAGAACAGGCCAUGCCCAGCCACCCCAACACGCCUUCUCUCUUUGAUCAAGCCCCCAGCAGUCCCGCCACCAUCUACCCCAUCCUUACAUUGAUACCUCCUGACCCCCAGUUACCCUCACCCCUCUGCCUCUAGGUGCACUGAUACCUCUGGGCUUUAGUUUUAUCCAGGAAGGAAGUAUCAAACUUUGGUCCUCGGUAGCAGGCAGAACAUGUCAGAAACCAAAGUCAAACCUCUUGAUCUUUUGUUUCCUCAUGUCCAGCCUCUAUCAGUGCAGGUAUUUCCCACGGAUUUUAAUAUUAUUACUGACCUGUUACUCCUUUCCUGGGGUUUCUCAGCAUAAAUGUUCAUCCUCAUCUGUGCACUGAGAAAACAGUCACAAUUCUGCCAAAUCAGCUCAGCUUUUUUCUUUUAACUCGUCGUUGUGGUUGAGUGUAUCAUUUUAACCCUGGAAAUUCCAGGAUCUCUGUUCAGCCUGAGUUCAGUGGCCUGAAAAGGACUUGCUGACUUGUCCUGAGGAGCGAUGGAGUUUACUGGGUCAGUUUAAUCAAAUUACAAUACAUGAACAUCUUUAUAGGGACUAAAUAUAAUAGCCGACCUACGUCGCUGCUACAGUUUGAUGUGGGCUUGGUGUGUCUCUGCCCUAAGUUGUGUGGAUUAUCCAGGGUAACCAGGACUCUGUUUAGGAGAUUUUUGAUUAUUUACAGACUAAAUUCCAUUUACCCCUGUUGUCCUGGGGUGGAGACUGACACCUCACAGACAAAUGAAACCAAACCUAUCUGCAUGGGGGUAGGCGCCACUAGCGGGAAGAGAGAAAAUAGUGUUUUUGUAAUUUGGGUAAACGGACCUUUUUAAGUCUUCAGUGUAUCAUGUCAGUGUUUGAUGCUGGCAACAGAAAAGUGGUAUCAGUGCAUCUUUACAGAUCCACACAGCAGCCUCCUCACAAUCGGUUUUUAAAUUGGUGCAGAUCCUAAGCAAAACAUCUUUUGGCACGCUAGGUUGUCAAGCUGUCAGCCAUGUUGACUUUAAAUCAUGACUGUAACCUGUGAAAGGGG